AGUUUGGGAUAUAGCUUUGUUUUAUGUUGUGUUGUUUUCUUAAAAGGUUUUUGAGUAAUGGUGGCGGCCAUAGGAGAUCUAAUAUUUUCUCUCAUUUUCUCAGCAACCAAAUGCAGCUCGAAUUGUUCUUUUUUUUCGAUUGUUUAUUUUCUCGUCGUCAUUUCUGUGUUCUUCGGUAUUGAUUGUAAAUUUCUUUUGGAGAAACAGAAAAGAUUGUUUGGAGAAUGUUUCGUUCUGUAUUGCAACGGAUAGGAAAGCUGAUACGUGUUAAUGAAUUGUUUCCAUUUUCUCUGUCAUUUUUUUUUUCCUUUUUGUUGUUUAAAGUUUUUACAGCUUAGAUCUGCUUUUGUGUUUUUGUUUUUAGCGAUUCCGCCUCCGUUUUGCAACAUAUUUUCUUGGUCGCUGAUUCAUAUUUUUUGUGGCAUAUUUACGAUGACACGCUCUGUUAAAGUACAGUAAUUUUUUUACAACAUAACAGUUGGCUUUGAGCAUCUGUUGGAGCAUGCACCAGCUGCUUUUUUAAAAAGCUUGCUAUUUGCAAAAGAGGGAAUUUCAGCGGAUAAUAGAACUUCUUUUUAAUUUAUAGAAUCAUGGUUGCCACUGCUGCUACAUCUGCAUUUUUUCCAGUUACUUCUUCUCCGGACUCCUCUGACUUGAAAAACAAGAAGCUUGGAAGUAGAUCUACUAACCUUGGAGGUAUCAAGCGGAAAACAUCUGCUUCUACUGGAAGUUUGCAAGUCAAGGCAAAUGCUCAAGCCCCUCCUAAAAUAAAUGGUACCACGGUUGUGACGACUCCAGUGGAAGGUUUCAAGAACGAUGAUGGUGUGAGUUCCCCUCCUCCCAGGACGUUUAUUAACCAGUUACCUGAUUGGAGCAUGCUUCUUGCUGCUAUCACGACCAUUUUCUUGGCUGCUGAGAAGCAGUGGAUGAUGCUUGAUUGGAAGCCGAGGCGACCUGACAUGCUCAUUGAUCCAUUUGGCAUAGGGAGGAUUGUUCAGGAUGGUCUUGUUUUCCGACAGAACUUCUCAAUUAGGUCAUAUGAGAUAGGUGCUGAUCGUACAGCAUCCAUAGAGACACUAAUGAAUCAUUUACAGGAAACAGCAAUUAAUCAUUGUAGAAGCGCCGGACUGCUUGGAGAUGGUUUUGGUGCCACCCCUGAGAUGUGCAAGAAGAACCUAAUAUGGGUGGUCACACGGAUGCAAGUUGUGGUUGAUCGCUAUCCUACUUGGGGUGAUGUUGUUCAAGUAGACACUUGGGUCAGUGCAUCAGGGAAGAAUGGCAUGCGAAGGGAUUGGCUUGUCAGUAAUAGUAAAACUGGCGAAAUUUUAACAAGAGCUUCAAGUGUGUGGGUGAUGAUGAAUAAACUGACUAGAAGGUUAUCUAAAAUUCCAGAACAGGUCCGAGGAGAAAUAGAACCUUAUUUUAUGAAUUCUGAUCCUGCUGUGGCUGAGGAUAGCCGGAAACUUGUGAAACUUGAUGACAGCAUGGCAGAAUAUGUAUGUAAAGGUUUAACUCCUAAAUGGAGUGACUUGGAUGUCAACCAGCAUGUAAAUAAUGUGAAGUACAUUGGCUGGAUCCUUGAGAGUGCUCCAUUGCCAAUCUUGGAGACUAAUGAGCUUUCUGCCAUGACACUGGAGUAUAGGAGGGAGUGUGGGAGAGACAGCGUGCUGCAGUCACUGACUGCUGUCUCCGACUCUGAUGUGGAAAACUUAGCAAAUUUUGGUGCAAUCGAGUGCCAGCACUUGCUCCGACUCGAGGAUGGGGCUGAGAUUGUGAGAGGGAGGACCCAGUGGAGGCCUAAGUUUGCCAAAAGUUUUGGUAAUGUGGGUCAAAUUCCUGCAGAAAGUGCAUAGAAAUCCAAUUCUCUGAAUUGUGGCUCUGGAGGUGCAUAAUCUCAUUGCUGUGUGUCACAAUGCUUUGUCUAAUAGGAUCUACGUGUGUACUUUGGAUUUAUAUAUGUUUCUUCUUUAUUUAUAUAUUAUUCCUUCUGAUUCGUCCUCGAGAGAAAUAUAUAUAUAUAUAUAUAUAUAUAUAUAUAAAAGGGUUGUAAGCUUCACUGUAAUUAGCUCUUGUUUUGUCUUCUCUCUCUCUCUCUCUCUCUACCUUUGCCUGCCUGCCUGCCAGCCCGGCCAGCCGGCUCUUGUCAUGAAAGUGGUUCUGCUUUUGAAAAUUGGUAGCCAUGUGAGAUGGGAACGACUUUUGUAUAGGAGGAAAGCUUCUUCGCUUAAAGCUUUGCCUUACUGGUCAGUUGGUACCCUACAUACCUCAUGGGCUCUUACCCGGUUAGAGUCUCGCAGGAUAUGUGUAUUUUUGACAUUUCAUUCAAUGGAUAUUUUGGCUUUUCAUCUCAACCUAAAUCUGCUC